CAUACAAAGUUUAAAUGUCUCGCGUGUGUGCUCCAUGAUAUUCUGCACGACGCUUUGCAAUGUUCGCAUUAACGGGAGAGGUCAACUUUUGGACUUUCGACGACAAUAUAAACAUAGAAGUCACGGAUUUUGGCGCGUUUAAAUAUCAUGAUAAACGUAUCGAUGGCACAUACGAGGAGGGUAAAAGAUCCUAUUGCCAAGAGCGUGGUAUGACAUACGUUCCAGAAAAUAAAAAGGGAAAUAAAUUAAAACAUUCUAUUAAAUAUUUGGAGGAACAGCUCAGAGACAAUUCUGUAAUUUAUUGUCAGUGGUAUGAUGAUUCUAUUGUGCAAGUAAUGCUCAGCAACGGCUUACUGGUUCAAAUACAAGUUUGUCUCAUUAGUGGUGAUGUGCAAGAAAUUCAUUUUGACAAAUAUCUUGUGGGAAAGUUAUCUGAACAUAUAUCUGAUGUGAUUAUUACCAAAAGUCAUUUGGUUUGUACAUACAAUGAGAAUUUGGUAACACUGGUGUAUUUUACAAAAUCUAAAACUCACAUUUUUGAUAAGAUCAGCAAGUUGGAACCCAAGUUAAUCACAACGGAUUUAUUUAUACCUAAUGGACGCAGACUGGAUAAAAAAAUUCAAGUGAACAAAUCUGCUAAUUUGAUAUUGAUUUGGCGAAAAUCUACAAUGAAUGAAGUUUAUCCUUGGAGUCCCACUGUGAAACAAUACCAUCGAGCUAACAUGCAUCUUUUCCAGCUUACAGGAACAAAGUUAGAAUUGUUAUGUUAUAUACGUACUGAAUUUGAUCCCUUGUGUAUUACGUUUGAUGCAUGCGAUGACAAUGUUAUUCAUUCUGUAGAGCAAAAGGUUUCGAGAAAGGGAGAAGUUACCGUAGAAUGGCAUACAUACGAAGUUUCUCGGCAGAACAAAUUAAAGAGAAUCGCUGUGAUUUCCGUACCAUUGCCGACACACACAAGUUGCGUGAAAUUUUCACCCAAUCAGGAAUUAUUACUUUUAUGUUGCAUUGAUGGCACUAUUAUGAUGUAUGAUCAAACCAAGUCGACAAGCAUCAGUGUAAAAGCUGCUUUUAUACCUACUUUAGCUGCUUGGCAUAGCGACGGUAUGAUAUUCGUGGUAGGUAACGACAGAGGUCAAUUUCAACAUUUUGAUAUCACUUUAAUGUGCAUCAAAAGCCAGACAUUAACCGACGACGCAACGCCAGCGAAUAUUCUCGAUUUAUCAUCAUAUUUUCGGAAUCAGCAUGCUUUGCUACAUAUGGAAUGGAAUAAGAAAAGCGACCUGAAUCAAAUUCGUUAUUACAACAAUGGCAAUUCUUUGUUCCUGCUACUUUUCGAACGAGGACCAAUUGGUGUUAUUAAAAUAAUCGAAGGCGAUACUUUCUCCGGGGAUGAAUUAGUCAGAAAGUAUUUGUCAGAGUCUCGAGCAGAACAAGCGACUUCUUUGUUGCUGUCAAUGAACUGGGAUACGCAUUCACGCGUGUGCAUGCAUUCGCUAAAUCAAAUAUUAAAUUAUUUAUUUAAGUUACCAUUAACAACGGAACGCGAAGCUCUGAUACAGAAUGCAUUAGGCAGUUUUCAUGUACCUAUUAAACCAAUAAGCCAAGCUGUUGAAGAAGAAUAUGGGGAUGAAGUGAGAGAUUUGACGAGACGAUUCUUCCAUCACUUAUUAAGGUAUAAAAUGUUUGAGAAGGCUUUUCGGCUAGCUAUUGAUUUAAAUGAUCACGAUCUCUUCAUGGACAUACAUUUUUAUGCUAUGGUUUUGAAUGAUAUGGAACUGGCGACUGCGGCUAAAGAGAAGGCUGAGAAUAUUCUGAGCAGAUCAAACAGCUGCAGUGGCUCGCAUUCUACAUGUUCGAGAACAUCGUGUUCUAUAUGUUCCGAUUCAAGCAAUGAAAAGGAAGAGGAGGAAGAAGAGGAAGAAAACGAGGAGGUCGAGGAAGAAGAGGAAGGGGAGGACGAUGACGACGACGAAGGGGAAGAGGAAGAGGAGAUAGAGGCGACGUAUACUGAAGAGAGCGAAGAUUCUCAGAAGGAAGAACGGCCUAAUCUGAAACGAUCGAAGAGGCAUCAUUACAGAAAGACUUCUGGCUCAAGUCAAAUUCCACCCUUGCCAGUUGUCCAUCCUCACCACACUGCGAAGAGCACACUUUGCGCGUCCUACAAUAAUAUUCCGUCCACUACUAAGACUGAUUACAUCUUAGUACCUUCAUCCUUUGACACUUCCGAUAACAUUUUAACAACUUCGUUUAAUCACUCUUCGCACAUUUCGAGCCCGUUUUUAACGUCGACCUCUUUUAAUAAAUCAUUGUACAGCACACAUUCAAAUUUUAUACCGACUAGUGCGGUAAAUGUCAUGGACAAUUCUCAAGUGUUCAAUAAUGCAUCGGACGAUUUGAUGACUACGUCAUUCGGUAGCUUAUCUCUUACUGAAUCGGAGAUUGCGGAUGAUCGAGCUAGCAAUAAUUUCGACGAAAGAUAUAAUAAGACGUUACUUAACGAAAUACCAUAUUCUUUCAACGGUUCCGCCGCUAACGUAGUAACAACUUGCGCACAGGACGACAGUUUUAUCUCUACUUCUUUUAAUAAGCCUAUCUAUGAAUCGGAGAACAUUCAAUCGAAUUAUUUGACGAGCUGCUUAAACAACGUCGACAAUAAUAUUAUGUCGACGUCGUUCAGUACUCGAAUCGCUAGCACUCCUAUCUCGCACAGUAAUUCUGUCAAUGUGCCAGCGAACAAUAAUUUCGAAACAGCUUCUACAUUACGAGGCACGAAAUCCUCAAAGAUAUCUGAUAAAUUAUUAACUAAAACUUUCACUGAUACUAAUACUCAUACAAUGAAUCAAUCACCUCUUCCGGACAGUAUUUGUAACAAUCUAAUGUCUACUUCGUUUAAUUAUCCCGAAGAAUACGCGACUCUUGAAAGCAGCGAUAUUACAUUUCCCAAUGCGUUUAACAACGCCAACAACGAUCAGACUAAGUCACAACAGCAUCCUGUAAUAGAAGAAAAAGAAUUGAGCGUUACUGUUCCACCACCACUACCACCUUCUCUGAUCAGUUCUCUCUCUAAUUAUCUUCAUGGUUUACCCAGAAAAAAUUAUCACUUAUCUAGCAGCACUCCGGGUUUAUCGAAUAUUAAGGAAUCAGAGAAAUUUGUAUCGAACAAAAUGCAAAUGCAGUCACGCAUUUUGCAAAAGCAAAACUCCACAAUAUCUAAUAUUCCCGACAACCAGAAAACAUCACCGUCUUUCAAGACAUAUAGAUAUAAUUAUGAUUUAGAUUACAUACCGUUUCACGGUACUCGCGACGAUACAGACUUACAACUUUCACAAACGAUCAGCAGAAAGUUUCCCUCGCGAAAUUUUCAUCCCAGUUACGGCAUACAACAUGGAUUAUUCGAAAAUAGAUAUUUGUCGAGAUCUUCUCAAAACAAUACGAAUAGAGAAACUAAAAUAUUUUCUAAUGUACCACCUCUGCCUGUAAUUAAUACCUCUAUCGCUAAUUCGAAGAUUUGCUCCACAUAUCCGUCAUUCGCCGAUACGACGAGUUCUCUCUCUAAUGAAAAGCCAAAAGUGAAGUUUUCGGAUACUGUUACUCAUAUACUAGUACCUGGCACAGCUCAAGUAUAUAGACAGAAACGAUCCACUACACAAACACACAUAACGGAUCCCAAACGUGAACUAGCUGAAAGUCUUCCACUCUGCUUGGGUAAUGAAGAUUAUCUUAAAGAUUUUCAACCCUUAUGUAAAGACAAUGCAGAAGAAAAAAUAAAAGAAUCUUCGAAGACUGAUGACAGUACAAAGAUUAAAGUUGUGCAUUUUGGUUUAUUGUAAGCCAGUAUUAAAAGAAGUAAUGUGAAUUAUAAACGUAUCACACACGCACGUGCGCGUGCACGUGAAAUAAAAGAAUAGUGCAAGAAGAAUAAGAAACACAAAACAAAAAUCCGAUAUUAUUUAUAAAGAACAAUUUAAUCUAAUUUUAAUCUAGUUACAAAUUAAGAUAGAUAAAAACAGCGUGAAAUAUUUUACUGAGAUACUUUUAUAAAAUUUUGUAUAUAUUGUAUAAUUAUUUUUAAAAAGUUAACAAAAGAACCUUUUCAUCGAGCAAUUGUGUAUCUUUGCAUCAAUGCAUCAAUGUACAAUAUAUACAAGGAUUGUUUGUA